AUGCACAACCAUACCAAGACUGGCCAACGGAAGGUCUCUCCUCCCGGUCCGACUUUCAUGUCUAGCGAUCAAGUUGCAAACUAUUUGAAAGAUCUUCGAAGCAAUCGCCCAACUCGUCCUACGGGCUCUCGUCCAUACCCGGGUAAAGCAGCAGCAGCAACAUCAACAAGCAUUGUCCAAGAAGAUCUUCCUCCGCGCGCAGCUUCUGCUUUCUCGAUGCACAAUAUGCCUGACGAUGAUGUCGAAGACCCCCCUCGCGCUGGCAGUGCGCUCUCACAUCGUCGAACUUCCUCUCAUACUCAGCAAAAUGGCCCCGCCGGAGGACGUCCAUUAGCCCAAGAACCCCGCUCGGUCUCUGUUCGUAAGAAUGUUUUCCCAUCGCAAGUGUUUUCACGCUCGGUCCCGAUUGCUGCUUCGCCAGUGCCGUCUUAUCGUGAGAAUGGGCAGCGAACCCAGGAAAAAGAAGAGGCGCGUUCGCUACGCGAUGCACUGCAGGGAAUGGACUUGGAGGAUGAUACCCGCAUUCACGACGCAGCUCAAGAUGAGGCAACACAACUGGUCUGGAUGCAUCAAAACCCGGGAAUGGCCCAGAAGAAUCCCUACGCGCCGUAUCGCAACCCAGAUUCCACCAGACGAAAUCCCGUGAGAAAGAGCUCGGGCUCCUCCUCCAAGCAUCGCCAUUCAAUUGGCUCCAGUGGCUCUUCCAGUAACCCGUCAAGCCCAGAAUUUGCGGAUUCCAGUUCUUCCACGAGAAGACGAUCGUCACUAGCUGGAAACCCCAAAAAGAACCUCAAGGUCAAUUUCGCUCUCCCAGAAGAGCCUCCGGCACCGGCUCCCAAACCUCGCACUGUCAGUGGGGAUUCCUCAAAGGGAGUUUUCAGAAACCCCAAUGACCACAUUUAUGAAGAGCCCGCCAGUCCUAAUAAAGUACCUACCGAUACCCGACCCGAGUUCUCGAGGCCUGACUCCGCAGCAGCAUCUGAAAGUAAACCCCGCAACGCGUUUGCCCGCACCUCAAAGCCUCUUCCCUGGCUGCGGGAUCGAAAUAGUAAUGGCAGCGUGCGCGACAAAAUUUCUCGAUUUGAUAUUCACAAGAACCCACCCACCCAGUCUCGGAACGCGGGAUAUAUAAGAAACGAACCAACCCCGCCUCCAGAGCCGUCAAGCAAAGAAGAAAUUCCUACAAAGGAUGGUAUCGAGAUUCGCAGCGAUGAUAUCCGGGCAGCCACCAGCAAGAGGGUCAGUGACCGGAGUGUGAACCUUCCCAUGCCCUCUGCUGUCAGCGAUCGUGUCGGACGCCCAAUUGUGAGCUUUGAUCCAAAGUGGCAAGUAGGUAGCCAGCCAAAGACCAACCGCCAGUCCGACGGGGGCCAGCAGACAGCAUCUCCAGUCUCUACACCCCCUAUCCCUACAAUCGAGGUAGCACCUAGUAUUGAGGUGACACCCAGCGUUGAAGUGACCGCACCGCCUCCUAUUCCUGUUAUCAACGUACCGGAUAUCAAAGAGCCCUCUAUUGCGGAGGUGAGCCCCCCUACAAGGCAACAAAGCAUGCCCUCUAGACAAGCACCCCCGUCCACAGGUCGUCCAGUCCCGACGGCUCCAUUAAGACGACAUGCUACCGAGCCACAUGAUCGGUGCUACACCCCAUACAGCCGAUCUGGGGUGCCGACUGCACGCUGCGAGUCCUGCUCCAUGGGAAUCUCCGGAAAAAUCGUCACAGCCGGAGGUUGUCGAUUCCAUUCAGAGUGUUUCGUUUGCUAUCAUUGCCAGACAGCGCUGGAGUGUGUUGCAUUCUACGAAGAGCCUAACGCCAGCCGAGACGAACGCCUUGCCAGCUCACCAGAUGAAGACCGUUUACCCCGGUUCUAUUGCCAUUUAGAUUUCCACGAGCUCUUCAGUCCUCGUUGUAAGAGUUGCAAGACUCCAAUUGAGGGCGAGGUAGUGGUUGCUUGUGGUGCAGAAUGGCAUGUCGGCCACUUCUUCUGUGCCGAAUGCGGAGACCCCUUUAAUUCGACUACUCCGUUUGUUGAACGCGAUGGCUUUGCCUGGUGUCUCAAUUGUCAUUCUAAGCGUACUUCUUCCCGCUGCCAGGGCUGUAAGCAACAUGUUCUCGAUGAUGUUGUUAUUAAUGCUAUUGGCGGGCAGUGGCAUGAGCACUGCUUCGUCUGUCAUGAAUGUGGAGAUGGAUUCGGGCCCGAUGGCCGUUUCUUUGUCCGUGAGGGUGAACCCAGACGUACGGCCAAGGGUCGUAUCAUUGGUGGGCCUGUCCAGCUAGCUGUCUGUGAGCGAUGUGAGGGUAUUCGUCUGAAAGCACCCGGAAUGUGUUGA